AGGUCAGACGUGUGCUGACCUGCCCAAGAGAACAUGCCUCUCGCGAAGGACCUCCUGCCCCCGUCCCCGGAAGAGGAGGAGAGGAAGCCCAAGAAGAAGCGCCUGGUGCAGAGCCCCAACUCCUACUUCACGGGCGUGAAGUGCCCAGGAUGCUACAAAAUCACGACCAUGUUCAGCCACGUGCAGACCGUGGUGCUGUCUGGGGGCUGCUCCACCGUCCUGUGCCAGCCGACAGAAGGACAAGCAAGGCUCACGGAAGGAUGCUCCUUCAGAUGGAAGCAGCACUAA